CACCACGACAGCAAAGACAAACUCGCGCGCUCACGCAGAGGCUCACGAUAGGAUUCCCAGCCCAUAUCGGCCAACAUCCAGUGCGCACGGAUGCUGCCACCGCUCUUCCUCUUAAGGAUCCGCCUUGGCCCGUUCUUGCACACCUUCUUCUACGAUUAAAGCCGAUCUUCGUUCAUUACAUACUGAGCUUAUCCUUUGAUUCUGUGCACACACACGAGCCGUGCAACGUCGUUCAUGCAUUGGGCAGUGAAGCGUUUUGAGAAUGAGGAUUGCUUGUUUGCAGUUCGCCCCUCAGGUGGGCGAUGUUGACAAUAACUUGAAUCGCGCCGAUUCUGUUCUUAGUCGCGCGAACCCGAAGAAUUUGGAUCUGCUCGUCCUGCCUGAGUUGGCGUUUUCUGGAUACAACUUUCGUUCCUUGCAGCACAUCAGUCCUUACCUCGAGCCCACUACGUCGGGCAUCACCUCACUCUGGGCGAGAACUACGGCCCUGAAACACAAUUGUAAUGUCAUUGUAGGAUAUCCAGAGAAGGUCGACGUGAGUCUGAGGUGGCCAGCCUCGCCGGAGUACUACAAUUCUGCCAUUACGGUCAAUGCGGACGGCGAGACGAUCGCGAACUACCGAAAGUCGUUUCUCUACUACACGGAUGAGACGUGGGCACUGGAAGGCCCAGAUGGAUUUUAUGAGGGGUCAAUACCAGGACUUGGGAAUGUGGCCAUGGGAAUCUGUAAGUGGCCUACAAAAUCCUUCGAGCGUAUGGAUCUCAACCCCAGAGAACCUAAGGAACCGGACAUGGAAACUCUGUCUUACUGGUUGUCACGUCUUGAACCCCUGAUCAGAAAUGAGGGCGAAGAAGAGAUCAUUUGUGUGUUUGCCAAUCGAUGUGGUGUCGAGGAAGAGGCUGUUUAUUCUGGAACAAGUGCUGUCCUGGGAAUCAAAAGUGGAGAAGUCAAGGUCUAUGGUAUCUUGGGCCGAGGCGAGAAGGAACUCCUUGUGGUCGACACAUCGAAGCGUGCCCAGAUGCAACUGAUCUCCGAACCUAGGAAACCAGCAACCAGAGAACCUCUCAGGGCAUCUUUGAACUUGGCCCCAGGCCCAACCUUCGAAUCAGCAUCGCCAUCCCCAAACGAUUCAACAAGGAGUAUCGCCAGUGGGCUCUCCGUAGACACUGGCCGUACUUCAACAGACCCCGCCCCAAUCGAGGCCCCAACCGAUGCAUUGGCAUUCUCUCCAUCCUCCCCGGUUGAUCACCCUUUCAAGCAGGCAUUCUUUCCCCCCGUUCAACAACCUCUUCCGAGGCCCGGAUCAAGACAGACACACAGACAACCUACUCCAAUCCCGCAGUCUCAAGAGAUAUAUUCUAUCAUGGGAAAUAAUAGAUACGGUACGCCUGCACCACAUUCCCGGCCAUCUUCCCCUAAAUCAAGAAAUGCUAGUCGGUCCCGCGGACCAACGUUAGUGGACUCACCGCCACCUUUCCAAGAGUCACCACUACUCGGUAACUUACCAGUCCUCGAAGACUUCUUGUCACAUGAACGGCGACUAAGUCGCGCUCGGUUCAACGAUAAUCGGAUUGCUCAAUCGACCUCUGUCGAUGCGUUACACCACAAACCUUGUGCUGAAGUGGUACCUGAACCAGACGACGAAGCAGAAGGAGAACUGGAUGCAAAAGUCAACCGACCAAGUCGUUCAGGAUCCGAAAAUUCCUCGCAGUACGAGUCAUCUUUCACAAGGAACGAGUUGGGACCCAGAAGUAGACAUGUUUCACCACGACCAAAGAGUACCCAGUGGUAG